GACAAGACGGGCCGUCCCAUCAUUGUGAUGCAGCCCGGCAAGCAUAAACCUAGCGAAUCGUCGCCCCUGGACGUCAUGAAGCUGGCUGUCUACACCAUGGAAACUGCCAUCAAGCGCAUGGGCGAUGGUGUCGAGUCGGUCGUCUUUGUGGUUGACCUCGAGGGCAUGUCGCCAAAGUCGGCCGAUUUCCGUGUGCCACGUCUUCUGCUCUCCACCCUCCAAGAGAACUACCCCGAGCGCAUCAGCCUCCUGCUGGUUGUCAACACCCCGGCCUUUUUCCGCCUGGUGUGGGCCACCGUCCGUAACUUCUUCUCCGAGCAACUCCUCAAGAAGGUU